GGAUAGUAUAAUAAAUUUAUCAUUCACGGAGGACGAGAGAAGUCCUUCUAAAGGAAUAUUUCAAAAUGAUCAGCAAAAUAGCACAGAUGGCGCAUUUCUUGAUGAAUUGUGGAGUGAAGAUGGCUUCAGUGAUACAGACACAUCACUAAGUGUAACUCACAUUUGUUCACUUAGUUUUAAUACAGAUGAAAAUGAUGAUUUUCAAGCCAAACCCUUCAUAUCACAUAAAAAUGUGACUGUCAGACGCAGACCAAAAAAGAGCAAAUUUGUUCAAGAAAAUUGCACCAAUUUAGAAAAAGGGAAUAACUCAUAUGAGAGCAAGUCCAGUGUUGGAUUACACUCUGAUGUGUGUACUAGUGUUUUUUCACUGGAAAAGCAUAAGGUUGAUUAUUUUUCACUUGCUCAAUUGAAAGAUGAUACUAAAAAAUCUUCAGAUAGUGAUUCAUUGGUGAGAGUCAAUAAUUUUUCAAAAAAUGUGGACAAACCACAUUCAGAAUAUUCUCCUCAAGAAGAAAAUAAAAUGGUUAGUAACAGUGGUAAAGAUUCUCAAAAUCUUUCAAAUAGCCACAAAUCAAAUGGAAAUAAAAAUAUUUGCAAAACAUCACUGUUUGAAACAAAAACAACGAUGCAAUCUCAGGGUGUGAUUAGCAGCAAAAGUUUUUCAGAAGAAGUUCAUCCCAAGGAUGAUCAUCAGGUAUUAGACGAUGACUGUGAUGAGAAUGAUUUUGAUGUUUCAAGUGAAAUCAAACUUUUCAUGGGUGAAUGUGUUAAAAAUACAUUUCAUGGAAACAGUGAAUGUUUACAUAGCAAACCAAAAGACUGUACAGUAGUUGUUGUGUCAUCGGAUGAAAGUGAUAGCAACAUACUUGAUAAAAAGGACAUUACUUUUACCAAAAACAAAAGUUACAAUGACGCUGAAGACUUGCAGAGUGGAGUAUGUAAUAUAGGAUUGACAAAUACAAAAGAUGAAAGCAAUGUAAGUUUAAGUUUUAGCAGCUCGAGAGAAGGAAAGAAUGUCAAUGUUAUAUUAUCAAGUGACAGUGAAAAGGAAUUCCUUUACAACGAUUCUUCAGGAUCUGAGGAUGAUAAUUGUGAGAAAUAUAAUAUAUCACUAACGACUUGUCUACAAAACAAUCUUUUCCCUGGCAUUAUGCAUAACAAAGAAAACAGGAAUUUCAAUGAUUUUGUUUUUACUCCAAGUGUGAAAUUGAGCACCCCUUUGAUUGAAGAAAGGUUGGAUUCAACUGAUGAUGAUGAAUUUGAGCAAUUUUUAGAGCAAAUAAAGACGCCCAAACCUAAAUCAACUCCAAAAUUGAGUCUGAAUGGGUUCAUAGUUGAUGAUGAUGAUAUAUCAAAUGAUUCGUCUGAGUCUGAUGAUGAAAAUGACAAAGGAUAUAGUUCUGGAGCAUUGGAUGUCAAGCGGAGACCAAGAUCAGUCACCAAGACUUCUAGUGUUGAUAAAAAACGUAUUGAAAAGAAAAUAGCGACAAUGAAGCCUGAUAAAAAGAAUGUAUUCCCUGAAAAAAAAUUAUUGACUCCAAAGGAUAAAAUACUGAAAGAAACCUCGAGAGAAAAUAUACCAACAAACCGAAAACCUCGGUACAAAAGUGUAAAAAGUUUAAUGACUCCUUAUAAAAACACACCUGGAAAACGUUGGCAGAAAAGUCGGGAGUUAUUGGUUGCGGAGCUGUACAGUUAUUACAACGAAACUGUUUUUCAUAAUAAGUUGCCUGCUGAUCUACCAAUAAUCUGGAACAAAAAGAUGACAAAGACCGCUGGAUAUUGUUAUUACAUCGGUUCUAUGGUCAAAAAGUGUCGAAUUGAGUUAUCUGAAAAAGUUGUCGAUUCUUGUGAUCGUAUUCGCGAUACUUUGAUUCAUGAGCUGUGUCAUGCUGCCGCCUGGCUGAUUGAUGGUGUUAAAGCUGGUCAUGGUCCUCAAUGGAAACGAUGGGCUAAUAAAGCAAUGAUGCUCCACUCAGAUUUACCGCCAAUAUCACGUUGUCAUAGUUAUGAUAUCAACUACAAGUUCACUUACAAAUGUGUUAUGUGUCAACAUAGUUUUGGAAGACAUUCAAAAUCAGUGAAUCUGAAGAUCGCACGAUGCCCUAUUUGUCUUAGUCAUCUGAAACUUCUACCACAGAUGAAUAAAGACGGAACUCCUAGAGCUCCCUCAAAAUUCUCGUUGUUUAUCAAGGAUAACUAUAGAAAGAUUAAAAGUGCCAAUCAAGAGUUGAGUCAUCAAGAUGUCAUGAAAGAACUUAGCAAACAAUUCGCCGAGGUCGAUAUAGGUAAGAGACAUACAGAGAACUUAAAGUAUUGCAGUGAUUGAAAUAAUCUUGCGUUAUGAAAGAAAGAACCUGAAUGACGUCUUAUGGAACAAGUGUUGGUGUGCCGUAAAUCCUUAAUCAGUUAUAUUUAGUUUUAGUAUCAGCGUUUUGUUCAUUUUUCUCUUUUGGCUUGUUUCGUAUGCUUUUUUUUCUGAAAUUAGCUGUUUACAAUUAUA